AUGGACCCGCAACUCGACCUCAACUCGGCAGGUCGCGAUUUCGACAAUUGGCUUGACUGGAAUGCCGCAAGCACGUCUGCGGGCACUGCUACAGAGUCAAAGUCAACCGUCAACCCGGAACAGGUUUUCCAAUUCCCCAUCUCACCUUCCUCGACCAUCAACGGCGACGCGCAUCACUCCUUGAAGGCCGACCCUCUCACCGCUCAUCCCAAGCACGAUCUCCUAACCCCUCAACACAGCUCGUCUUCACCAGAGUCACAUUCCAGCCUCGACUUGAGACUCAGCGGGGAUACUCUACGUGAACAAACAUCGCCGAAUGAACGCCCAAUGCUAAAGCGGAAGCUGUCCCCCUCCGAUGUGCCAACGACCGAUCACCGCAACGAGGUGAAUCCGACUGCGAAGAAGCGUCCCCACAACGUGAUUGAGAAGAGAUACCGAGCCAAUCUCAAUGAGAAAAUUUCCGAAUUAAGAGACAGCGUACCGAGUCUGCGGAUCAUCACAAAAAAGACGACGGACGGAUCAAACGCAGAUUCGGAUGAUGAAGACUUGGAAGGCCUCGCACCCAGCAAUAAGCUCAAUAAAGCCUCGAUCUUGACCAAGGCUGUGGAAUACAUCCGGCACCUUGAAUUUCGUACGAAGCGACUGGAGGAGGAAAACAAGUCGUUGAAAGAACGACUCGAAACACUCGACAAGGUCAUCGCACAGGGUGGCCAUGACGCCCAAAGAGCUGCUGCGUUCACGAGUGAUACAGUGAUUGAAGAGUCCCAAGCCACUUCACAGGUCGAAUUUCCCUCGGAAACCCGAGCAAGCUCCUCGAAACCACCUCAGGGAUUGAUUCCCGUCCCUGACAGUUGGCGAAAACUACGACAGAAUCAGAGCCAGGAGCAUUAUGGCCAUGUUUACGACACGGACCGGUCCAAGUAUCGCGGCAAAUGGCCAACAAGGAUCAUGUUGGGAUCAUUGGCUGGGCUCAUGAUUAUGGACGGCUUGAGUGAGUCGGAUACAGGCACCGAGUCACGAGAAAAGGGUCUAUUCGGCAUUCCUCUGGAGCUUCUUGAUGGUUGGAAGUUUCUUCAAUCUCCCAAGAUUUACCUUGCUGCUUUCACUCAAUUCUGUCAGGCAGGAGGCGUUAUUCCAUUGAUCAAAGGCUUCAUGGCUUUGACGAUCCUUGCGUUUCUCGUCUUCUCAUAUCUCUUCAACUCCAAGCCAGCGCCAAAGGAAGAUAUUGAAGAGGCUUCGUCAGCCACCCGAUUCGCACCGGCCCCUGCCUCUCCAAUCCAAGUCAGACGCCGAGCCUGGAGCACCAGCAUGCAAGAGCUCCAUCUUCCCCAUCACAGCUUCUUUCCGGAAUGGGUUGCCGUCACUUCCGAGUGGCUCAGGUACACAGUCGGUUACCUUUUUGGAAGUCGGGCAUACGCUUGGCUGACCGGUCGAAGUGCUGAAGAUGACGUGGCUCGCAUCAAAGCUUGGGACAUCGCGAUUGAUGCUCAAUUGGCAGGCGGAGACAUUGAAGUGAGUCGCAGCAGAGUGGUCCUGACUAUAUUCGGUUCAGGCACUUUACCCAAGACUCCUCUGCGGCUGAUGCUCAAGGCACUCCAUUGCCGGGUGCUGCUGUGGAACGUGGGCUCACUCGGAACGGCUCCUAACCGAAUCGCUAACCGGGUCGGCCAAUUUUUCGCCAAUUGGCAGUGGACAAGAGCUCAAGGGUUGCACGAAAAGCUGCCCCUGCGUGAUACCGAUCGGUUGCCGCCAUAUUUAUCGGAGAUGCUUGAUCUACCGUGUAACGAAGUGUUUCUUGACACCGUCUGCCAAAGGGCUUACAAUCUGAUGUACGAUCGGCCAACGCAAGAAGAAUCUUCCAAUGCCUUGAUGAAUGUGGUGGUUGAGGAUCAUGCUAUUCGGUCGCCGCUCGACGCUGUUGCGGCAUGGCGAUCGACGUACUCCUUGACACAAGCACUUGACGCCAUUUUGCGUUGCCCUGAGCCAAGCGAGAUGGUGCAGAAGCAUCUGACUGAAGCCAUGAAACUGGCCCCACCCGGCUCUGCGGCCGAGACACGGGCCCUGGCAGCAAGCUCAAUCUUCAGCACUACGGCCCGGAGUGCUUGCUUCGUCCGCGCCUCUGAAUCCAUGGACGCCCCUCCACCCAAUGCGCAGUUUGAGCGGCCUCCCUACAUUAUCGAUUCAUCGACGCCGUCGUCAGCAAGAAGCGAUAUCUUGAAUUGUUUGCACUGUGCCAGGACCCUUCAAUUACUUGAUUAUGAGCAGAAUGAGGAAGAAGCUAGGAAACACUUCUACUCCAAGGCUCUUGAUUCUGUGAAUGUUGGUCUUUUAACUAAGGCUUCUUUGGCUUACCUUCACCAGCGGCUACCCGAGUUUCAGUUGCCAGGCGUUUUUGCUGGUAAAGAUGAGGUCCGCCUCCUCCCAAACGAUCCCGAGUCCUCGGCUGACCUGUCUGCUCAAAGCAAAUUGAGAAGAUACAGCAGCUAUAGUAACGACACUGGCUACGAGAGCCAGGAUGACUCCCUAUUUCCAUAG